GUGAUAGAAACUCUUUCAAAACUUUCUCGCACUCCUAUUGCAAUAGGCACAGGAAUAAGGCUUUUUUCUACAGAAGAAAGCGUGGAUGAUGAUGAUGUCUACAAAGGUCUUCCUGAUUUAAUAGAUGAAACUGGUGUUGAUGAAGAUGAGGACUUGUAUGAUUGUGUCUAUGGAGAAGAUGAAGGUGGGGAGGUUUAUGAAGACCUGAUGAAAGAUGAAGCAGCACAGCAACCUAAAUAUACUGAAAAUGACAUAAGAAGCUGUUGUCUUGCUGAAAUAAAGCAAACUGAAGAGAAAUACACUGAAACGCUGGAAUCAAUAGAGAAAUUUUUCAUGGUGCCAUUGAAAAGGUUUCUGUCAGCAUCAGAGUUUGAUACUGUUUUCAUCAACAUUCCUGAUCUGGUGAAAAUUCACAGGAAUCUAACACAGGACAUCAAUGAUUCCAUUGUUAACAAAAAUGAUCAGAACCUAUAUCAAAUUUUUAUUAACUACAAGGAAAGAUUGGUUAUUUAUGGACAGUACUGCAGUCAAGUGGAGAUAGCGAUAUCAUGCUUAGACAACAUCUCUAAGACAAAAGAAGAUGUUAAAUUGAAGUUAGAGGAGUGUUCCAAGAGGGCCAAUAAUGGGAAAUUUACAUUGCGGGAUCUUUUAGUGGUUCCAAUGCAGAGGGUGCUAAAAUAUCACCUAUUGCUCCAGGAGCUGGUAAAGCACACUACUGACCCCAUGGAGAAGGCAAAUCUAAAACUGGCACUUGAUGCAAUGAAGGACUUGGCUCAAUAUGUAAAUGAAGUGAAGAGAGAUAAUGAAACGCUCCGUGAAAUUAGACAGUUUCAACUAUCAAUAGAGAAUUUGAAUCAUUCCCUCUUACAGUAUGGAAGACCUCAAGGUGAUGGGGAAAUAAGGAUAACUACGUUAGACAAACGUGCGAGGCAAGACAGGCAUAUCUUCUUGUUUGAUCUAGCUGUAAUUGUUUGUAAACGGAGAGGUGAUAAUUAUGAAAUGAAGGAAAUAAUAGAUCUUCAGAAAUACAAAAUUACAAAUAACCCCACUACUGAUAAAGAAAAUAAGAAGUGGUCUUAUGGCUUCUACCUCAUUCAUAUCCAAGGUCAAAAUGGUUUAGAAGUUUAUUGCAAAACUAAAGACUUGAAGAAAAAAUGGCUUGAACAAUUUCAGAUGGCUCUGUAA